GCUGAGAAAGUGGGCAGACCCUCACGUUUACCACACCAUGCCGAGGAGGAUAAAAGAUGCUCAGCAGCACAACCAUCAGCGCACUUCUCUCGCAACUGUUUUCUGAACAACAACGCAACAUCAAAAUUCCUUGAGAAAAUGAAAUUUAUUGUCGCUCUCGCUUUCUUGGCCGUGGCAUUGGCUGCCCCACAAGGUGAUAAGAAGCCCAUUGAAAUUAUUUCAUCCAACAGUGAAAUGAAUGCUGAUGGCAGCUACUCUUUCAAUUUCGAGAGCGCCGAUGGCACAAAAGUGUCGGAGAGCGGCAACCAGAAGAAAGUCGGACCCAAGGAUGAAGACAUCGGAACUGUCUCGAAAGGAUCUUACUCUUACACUUCUCCUGAUGGUGUUGUCAUCACUGUCAACUGGACAGCCGAUGAGAACGGAUUCCAGGCCACUGGUGAUCAUUUGCCUACUCCUCCCCCCAUGCCCGAACAUGUCGUGAAGAUGUUGGCCGACUUGAAAGCUGCUGGUCUUUUGUAAAUCUGCUCAUGUACUACUUAUCGACGUGUAGCUACUCGACCAAAUUUUUGAAUCCGUUGCCACUUUGUAAAGUCCACUGUAAUUAUCUCCUUAUUUUGAAAUAAAGAAAAAUUGUUUCAAUUAAAA